AUGAAACGAUUUUUCGAAAACGUUAAAAAGAAAAUCGAUUCGAAAUAUGUUGCAUUAGUCAAAAAAAAACCUAGUCAGCCAAAUGUAACUUGGAAACAUAUCUGGCCGUUAGAUGAAACCCAAAGUGCUCUCUCGAAAUCUGUAUUUGCUGAAAUACCAAAUGAAAUCACCAUACCAUCGACCAAGUUAUAUUCGAAAUCAUUUAAAGAAGUUUAUAUGGAUUGGAUCUAUCUAAAAAGUCUACGAAAUGCACAAGUACAAACUAGGGAUCGUUCGUACGCAACUUCUUGUAUGGCAAUUGAACUAGCUAUAUAUCCUAUUCGUCCAAACGGACAACGUCAUUUUGAAAUUGUUGGUGGAUUUCAACAACAUCCAAACUCAUCAGAAUCAACGACUAUCGAGCAAUCAGUUGAUAUUGGAAAAACAGCUCGUCAGCUUAUAUUUCUUUUGGAAAAGGCAUCUGAAUUUCAACCAGAAUGGCAACAAUCGGUUACUUUGAAACAAAUGAUUACAAGAUAUUAUAGAUUUAUGCAAUUGAAAGCAUCUCAUCCGUCGCAUAUUUUGCUUAUUCCAACUUUAGACAUUGAACUCGUUUGGCAAACACAUCUCUUACGACCAGAGAUGUAUCAAGCUGAUUGUCUUCGUUUAUUUCGUCGAAUAAUUGAUCAUUCAUUAUUGUUCUCUGAUGUUCAAAAUUUUUCCAAAGAACAAGCAUUCAAAGAUACUUGCCAUCUAUACGAACAACGAUUUGGUGAACAGUAUUGUUUAUUUUCCUCAGCAUCAGUGCAUAAUACAACGCCAUAUCGCCGAAAAUUACGUCAAUAUCUGUUUGAUUCAUUUAGCGAUACUGAGGCUAACUAUCCUUAUUGGGAUAAUACUCAUUUCAAGUUUUCCCCUGAAUCAUCUAAAAGUUACGAAAAUCCUUUCUCAUUUGCCGAAGGUGAUAUCAUUAUAGAUAGUCAAUGGCUAGAUUUAUUCAAGAAAUUUAUGCUGGACGUCUUGAAAAAGGCUCCUGUUUACAGCACAUUUGGAACUGUACCCGAAGAAAUUGAUCUACGAUGUCGAGCAAUCAACUUACUAACAAAAUCGUACGAAAGAUUUUUAUAUAUGGCAGCUAAAUAUCCACCCGAAAAUGGCAAUGGUUUUAUACUUCCAACUUAUGCGAUCGAUAUCAUGUGGCAUUCUCAUAUGCAAGAACCACUGAAGUAUGUUGCUGAUUGUAAUCGAUUUAUCGGUUAUGUGCUUUAUCAUUCUCCAUGGCCAAUGAUGGAAGAUGAUAAAAUGAAGACAGCACGCAAUCAAUCGAAUAAUAUUUGGAAAGAUGAAUUCGAAAUACAUUCAUUAUCCCAAGUCAUGGCAAAAUUUAAAAGCGACCGAGAUACACCCGUCUGGCCAGCUAAGGAAGAAGAACACUACUUUCGUGAUCUUGUCGUUGCACCACUCGAUCAACGAGGUCCCACCUGUGUGUCCACCUGUCUGGCCAUGCUUACUGGCAAAAGGCCCGAAGAUUUCCAAGGUAAAAUCAACACGCAAGAUCCCGUUUCGUGGUCAGCUGCACUUCAACCAUACGGAAUGAAAUUGGCUUAUUGUCCUCAUGAUGCGCGGAAAUUCAAGUUUUACAUCGAAGAACUGAUCGCCCUAGAUGAUUUAUUUGGUCUCAGCUUUUAUACCACUACAGAUCCAAACCAGAUUUUGAACGAUCCAGAUAGUACUGGCUUUGUGACUCAAUCACAUUUCAUACUGCUACAUCGAGACAAGAUCUAUGAUUCAGCGGGUUAUGGAUGCAUUCCGGCACGUGAGCACCGCUGUCUCGAGUAUCACACGAAGCGCAUUUUUCGGGUGCUCCCGGCUACACAUGCUCGUGGUCUUUGA